AUGAAUCUCGUGUUGUUUGAGGAUGCAAUGAUGCACUUGAUGCGCAUAAAUCGAACCAUUCGUCAAAAGCGUGGCAGCGCCAUGUUGGUCGGAGUCGGCGGCAGUGGCAAGCAAUCGUUGACCCGCUUGGCUGCAUUCAUUUCUGGGCACUACUUGUUCCAGAUCACCAUCACCAAAACAUACAGACGGGGCCUUACUCGUGAGAUACAGUUCAUGGAGGACGUCACGUUUAUCUUCACUGACCAAGAUGUCAUAAACGAGAAUUUCUUGGAGAUCAUGAAUUCCAUGUUGGCAACCGGAGAGGUGGUGGGCCUUCUGCAAAAGGACGAGAAGGAGACAGCCAUCAACGAGGUGUGCGGCUUGGCAGAUCGCAGGCAUUUGGCCCAAGCGACUGAGCGAUGGCGGUCGGAUAACGCAUUUCAGGGACUCUGGAUGAGCCUCCCCGCCGUUGAGGUGUCCACAUCGGCGCCCAAUGCGCGAACCUGCAUUGAGAGAUGGCUAUCGCCCAUGACAGAAAACGGCUUUCGAUCUGGAAUGCUGACUUUGACCACCACCGCGCUGGGUGGUGGAGUCUUGUCCGUUUCUUUCGUCAUGAACAUUUGUGGAGUCGGCUUGGGCUGUUUGAUGCUGAUGACCGGCGCCCUUCUGGCCUAUCUUGGAAUGGAUGCCUUGAUGGACAUGAGCAACCGAACAGGCUGCAGCUCCUAUGCAGCGCUUUUUUCGUACUGUGCCGGAACCAAAGCAGGCCCCAUCCUAGAUGCGAUGCUUUUCAUCUACGGCAAUGGUGCUUGCGUUGGGUACAUGGUCUUCAUUGGGGAUUUCGUGCCAAACAUCAUCGCAUUAAUUUUCCCAGAGAACUGGGCACAGGACACCAAGGGUCCUACGCGGACAUGUUCCAUCCUUAUCGCAGCUGUGCUGCUCGUACCGAUGAUGCUUCCGAACGACUUGUCUAAGCUGAAGUUUCUUCAGCCGGUGUCAAUCAUGUCGCUAUUGUACAUGUCCAUCGUUGUGACUGUCAAGUGUCCCGGAAUGUUCCGUGCGAACAGCGAAGCGAACGGACCUCUCAGACUGGCGACGUUCUCGUUGCACUUCUUUGAGGCAUUCGCCUUGUGCGUAUUUGCGUUCAACUGCCACUUGAACGUGAUUCCGAUAGCGGACCGACUUGUCCGACCCACACGCGAACGAAUGAAGAAAGUGUCGGCGCGUGUGAACAUCUUCCAGUGUGCCUUCUAUGUUUUGAUCGGCGUGACCGGCUACCUGUCGUUUCUGAAUGCAACUCUCUCGGACAUCCUGGAGAACUAUAACCCUACGGACUACUUUGUAGCUGCCGGCCGUUGCUUCCUCACACUAACAAUGAUGGUCGCGAUUCCCGCGAAUCUGAAUCCGACGGUGAAAUCAGGUGUUCAGCUGAAGGAAUACUUCGUGAAAUCGGAUCCCACGCUGCUAGAGAGCCCAACCAAUGUGGAAGAAGCUCGGGAUCAGCAGCCGUGUUUUCGCAUAGCCGUGUCCAUUGCCUGUUUGGCUUGCCAAGCCGUGGUUGCUGUCAACGUGCCGAACGUCGGAACCGUUUUGAGCCUCCUGGGAGCUACCGUCGCAACAGCCAUGAUGCUGGUCAUUCCUGCAUACUGCAUGGGCAUUGUCCUGGAGAAUUCCCUGAAGCGUCGAAGCAAGCAGGCA